AACCACCAGCUAACUUCCAAGGGAAGAAGAGGCAGGGUGGUUGGGGCAUGCGCAUGUUCUUCUGGCUCAAGACUGUGCUUAGCGUAAUAAACAACACAGGCUUUUUAUAACGACUUAUAAAUACCGCUUGUUAUUAAAGCCAUGGUUAUGUGGCAAAAUCUCAGAUCAAGUUAGGGCAUGAGAGUAAAUACAUAUUUGUGAACCGGAAGAGGACUGAGGUCGACGCUUGCCUUGCAGCUGGAUGUUUCUUGCGCCAAUUACGGUAUCUGCAGGAGCUUAUGGCCGCAGCGGUGUCCCAGAGGGUCCUCAGGGCUCCGGCCUGUUUGUGCGUCUUUUGCGGGCUGCCUGGCGCUGGGAAGUCAACGCUGACCCACAGGGUUCUCGGUACCGCUAUAGAGCACGGCUGGAAAGCAGCAGUGGUGUCCUACGAUGAGCUGAUCCCCGAGCAGGCUUAUUACACUGAAGUGGAGGAGGAUGGUGUCAAACUGAAAGACAUGCACACUAAUUGGAAGUCCCACAGACAAGCAGUGCUGCAGUAUAUCGAGCAGUUUUUGGAGAGGCCUGAAGUGGUUGUGGAGUUGCCAAGCAGCCCUCUCAUCCAUGGAGCUGCAUGGCAACUAUGUGUUCAACCUCUGCUGCAGCCUGAAGAGUUAAACACUGAUGGGACGCCACUGCUUUUUCUUUUAGAUGACAACUUCUACUACCAAAGCAUGAGACACGAAGUGUACCAGCUUGCGAGAAAGCUUUCGCUGGGUUUCUGCCAGGUGUAUCUGCAGUGUGAUUUAGAGACCUGCAUCAGCAGAAACCAAAGCAGGCCUCGACCCACUCCCGUCAAAGUGAUCAUGGAGAUGGAGAAGCGUUUGGAAUAUCCAAAUCCACAUAAGAACCCGUGGGAAUUCCCAAGUAUCUCACUCAACUCAACAAACGAUGUGUCCAAGUCCGACAUCCAGAGAGUAAUUGAGUUGAUCUCUACGGCACUAAAUAAUCCAUUGAGCCCCGCUGAAGAUAACACUGAACAAAAGGAAGCUGAUCGUCUCAAAUGUGCCAUGAGCGUGGUCCACCAGGCUGAUCAGGCUUGUCGACGUCUGAUAUCUGAGGCUAUGAAGACUGCCACAGAAAAUCAAGUCCCUUCUGAACAUAUGCGGGUUCUGGCUGCUCGGCUGAACGAAUGCAAAGCAACAUUCCUUCUCGAUCUACGGAAACAGUUCCUGCAGGAGGUCCGUUUCCUUCAAGAGGAGGACGUCAAUGUGGCGCAGGUGGUGAAGAGAGCAGUGGAGAGUGUUUUCGAUGACAAAAAGAACGAAAUCCUGUCACAGUUUAUAAUCAUCCAUAAAACAAUGUGAUUUUCUUUAAGAUAAUUUCAAAGUGCUUUUCAUAAUAAAUGUGUGAUGCUUGUAUAUAUUUAAAUUAAUACAAAAUGUAUGUUUGCUGAAUAUUUGCUCACAGGUUAGUGAGACAAUCUCCUGAAAGUUGUUUCAUGUUGGAAUAAUUUAGUUCUUUGACAAACUAGGACAAAGAAAGAUAAAACUUUUUCCUUUUCUGUCCAACGUGAUGUGGUGCAAAGUUUAACCAAAUCACUAACUCCUGACAUUCAAUCGAGUUGAAACAAAUGUACGUUACCUGAUCUUUUUUUUUUUUCUUCUUCUAAAUCACAGGAAGUCCAGAACUUCAUAAUUAAAUGAUAAUCUCUAACUAUUGGAAUAAAAAAAACAUGCAAGUUAGUAAGGUCUAAAAUAGCUUGACUAUUAUUAAAGUAUACAGUAGAUAUAGCAACCUCCACACGCAUUGGGUACUUCUGACAAAGAAGAUAAAAAGUUUAAAUACAUUUUUAUUGCAUUAAUUGGUUGAUUUUGUAUCUUGUGAACCAUUUCUCUGUUGAUUUGGCUAGAUGUUUUAGAUCAUUAUCCUGCUCAAAGAGUCAGCGAUGCCUCAUCUUAAUUAGCUAGUCGAGUCCACCAUGUUUUUAAUUUACAAUGUUCUGGUUUUCAAAGAGCUUAUGGUGUCAUGCAUUAUAACAAGGUCACCAGGAAAACUCCAUGGGUUUUUGUUUAAGAUGGUUGGACAAAAAAAAUACUAUUUUUCUGUUAUGCUCCAAACUGGCUGGUAUAUAGACAGCAUCUAAUGGUUACUCUGGUGAAGCUCUCUAGUUUUUUUUCUUUCUCCUUUACCAUCUCGUUCACUGUACGUGGUGACUAGGUCAACCUAGGCCUUCGUCUAGCUUUGUGGCUAGUGGCUAAGAGAAAUGGACGUCUGUGUCACGCUGUGUUUAUAGCCCUGAGAAACAGAAAAUCAAUGGGCUGACACUGUUUAAAAAUGCUUCAGUUGCAUUUAUUUUAAAGGGUUUCCAUCUGUGAUUUAAAUGGUAUUCCUUUCCCCCACCAACUAAAAGUUGGACUUUUUUCAUUUUUUUUUGUGUGACAACAUGCAAUAAAAGAUGAACUUUAUAGCUUUUUACACAUCCAGGAACUGGAUGUAAAACAGGUUGGCAGUGUGAACACAAACAUGUAAAUAUUGCUUUGGUCUUUUAUUUGAAAUAAAUUACAUGUACAGUAGCUUCCUAAAAUGUGUAACUUGUUGACAGUUGAUCAAUAAUAAAACAAGUAGAAUUAGGAAAGUUGA